AUGGGCGCAGACGAAUACCAGCCUCCAGCGACGGACAUCAUCACCCUCACUCGCCAUGUCUUGCAGGAGGGCUUUCAACGCCAGAAGAAGGGCGCUGCGUCAGGUGACUUGACCAUCCUGCUGUCGUCGCUGCAGACUACCUGCAAAUUCAUCGAGUCCAAUGUGCGAAAGGCCAGCCUGAUCAACCUCAUCGGCGCAGCUGGCAACCAGAACGUGCAGGGCGAAGACCAAAAGAAGCUCGAUGUCCUCUCCAACGAGAUCAUGAUCAACGCCCUCAAGGCGUCAGGCAAAGUCGCUGUCCUUGUAUCAGAGGAGGACGAUGAAGCCAUCAUUGUUGGGGAGCGCCAGCCUGGCACCACAUUCGAGACGGAGAAGGGUAAAUACUGCGUCGUCUUCGACCCCCUGGACGGCUCUUCGAACAUCGACGCUGGUGUGAACAUCGGCACCAUCUUCGGCAUUUACACCGUCCGUGAUGGCUCCAAGGGCGAGGUGGCCGACGUGCUUCGCCCGGGCAGCGAGAUGGUUGCUGCAGGUUACUGCAUGUACGGUUCGAGCGCCAAUCUGGUGCUCACGACGGGCAAUGGCGUCAAUGGGUACACGCUUGACAACGCCAUCGGCGAAUUCAUCCUUACCCACCCGAACAUCACGCUCCCCAACCGCGGCAAGAUCUACUCGAUCAACGAGGGAAACAGCGCCUACUACCACGAGCCUGUGCUCAAGUACCUCGAGAGCAUCAAGUACCCAGCGGAAGGGAGCGGCAAGAAGCCUUACUCGGCGCGAUACAUCGGCUCAAUGGUGGCAGACGUUCACCGCACUCUCCUCUACGGCGGUAUCUUCGGGUACCCUGACGACAAGAAGAGCAAGAAGGGAAAGCUUCGUCUCCUCUACGAGGCCUUCCCCAUGGCCUUCCUGACCGAGCAGGCCGGUGGUGUUGCCACAACGGGCAAGGGGAGGAUUCUGGAUGUUCAGCCUGAGAGCAUUCAUGAGCGAUGCCCAGUCUUCUUGGGAUCGAAGGACGAUGUCAAUGAUCUGCUGAAGUUCUACCAAUGAGUUGGCGUUGGGUUGACAGGGCAG